GGCCCUAAAAUUUUAGACAUUUCCAGCCCCAGUCCACUCGAAAUUAUUUCUUUCUUCCACCACUCGCCGCCGGGAGCGCCGCCACUGUCCUCUUUCGCCGCCGACAUUCUUUUCCUCUUUCUCUCGCCGUUUCGCUACGCCCUUUUUUCAACUGAAGCCGCUAUCGCUGCCGUCCUAUCAAUUGGUUUUCCUUUCCAUUAAAUUAGAUGGCAGAUUCAAGCGAGCUCCAGGAUCCUGGAAAGGAACUUCGGCAAUCUGAAACAGAACCUCAACAAUCUGAACAAGUCUGCAACUUCUUUAGGAAGCCAACGAAGGGCAAAAACAUAAGGAAAAGGACCAUAAAUGAGGAUGAAGAUGAAGACUCCAGAAAUGGCACAUCUUUGUUGCACAAUCAAAAAAAGGCUUCGAAGCCUGACAAUAAGUUGUACUUUUCAACUGGAUCUUCCAAGAGUGCUACUGCCACUGAAUCAAGUACUGAAUCUCACAAGCUGGUUUUACAAUUUGAGUCUUCCAAGGAAAUUCAAGUCCAAAAUGAUAGCGGAGCUACAGCAAUCUUAGAAACUGAGACUGAGUUUACGAAAGAUGCUCGAGCUAUACGUGAGAAAGUUCUUAAGCGAGCAGAGGAGGCUUUGAAGGGGAAAAGCACAAGCUCUGGGGGAGAAAAAUUGUACACUGGAAUGCAUGGCUAUGUGGAUCAUAAAGCUGGAUUUCGAAGAGAACAAACCGUUGCCAGUGAGAAAGCAGGUGGCUCUCAUGGACCUCUUAGAGCUUCUGCCCACAUCAGGGUUUCAGCAAGAUUUGAUUAUCAACCCGACAUCUGUAAAGACUACAAAGAAACCGGUUACUGUGGUUAUGGAGAUUCAUGUAAGUUUAUGCAUGACCGUGGAGAUUACAAGUCUGGGUGGCAGUUAGAGAAAGAGUGGGAAGAAGCAGAGAAAGCAAGGAAAAGAAAUCUUGCUUUGGGUGAGGGGGAUGACGAUGAUGAGGCAGGGGUAGUUCAGAGUGAUGAUGAUGAUGAUGAUACAUUGCCCUUUGCCUGUUUUAUUUGCCGGCAGCCAUUUGUUGAUCCUGUUGUUACUAAAUGCAAGCACUACUUCUGCGAGCACUGUGCUUUAAAGCAAAGGAAGCAAUUGCAUUUUGGUUGUCUGUUUCAGCAUCAUGCGAAGAAUAAGAAGUGCUUCGUAUGCAACCAACCCACGCUUGGCAUUUUCAAUGCAGCUCAUGAGAUACGUAGAAAGAUGGCUGAAGAGGGUAAACUCAAAGGCCAUUGAUGCUUCUGCUUCUGCUUCAAUUCCUGCUGUCUUUUAACAUUUUUGUUUGUUGUUUAGUGUUGUAGCUGACUAUGUUACUCUUGUUAGACUCAGUCUUGGGUUUUUAUGACAUAAAUAUAUAUAUAUAUAUAUUUUAUUUUGAA